AUGUCGGUUUCAGAGGCAUCACAAGAUUCUCAGAGCGUUCAAAGUAACAGCGAAGUUAAUGAUUCUUUGAAUAGCUUGAUUGGAUCCGAUAACUUUGGAGAAUACUCUUCGCACACCCAAAACCCACAUUCCACUGAAAUUUCACCAAAUGCAGCAAUGGCAUUUUCCAUACUCUGCGACUUACUGGACGAAUGUACGCUAGACGUGAUAUUCGAAGUUCACAGAGAAACCAAACUGGCAACAUCAAUAUGUCAAAUAUGCAAUACCGAUGAUACCGAAGAAGACGUCCAGAGGAUCCGAAAGCCCUGCACCAUCUUCUACAUCCAACAGUCCACAUCGUGGCCAAUCACCAAUGAGGAGUUCGCAAUCGAGCGUUCCGAACCUGAUCGACGAUUCAAAGAACGAAUGCCAUUUUGA